AUGAACAAAUAUCAGAAAAAGAUAAAAGCGAUAGAAAGAAUUCUAGACGAAGAAGAUAGAACAGAAAAGGCUCCCUAUCCACUUCAUUUUGAAAUCGAAUGGACUUGGUACAGACGAUUACAAACUUUCCUUAUCGGUCCACUAACGACAGCGUGUGGCGCAAUCUAUCUCGACCGAGAAAACCGCGACUCACGCUCAGCUACUGUUCACGAAAUCAACAAACGAGUCAAGACUGAGCAGCCUCUUCCUCAGUUAAUUAUGUUUCCCGAAGGAGCUGUUACUAAUGGGAAAAGUUUGCUUCAAUUUAAGCCUGGCGCUUUCAUUCCAAGAGUUCCUGUGCAGCCAGUUGCAGUUUCAUUUGAGGGCUGGAGAACGGGAACCUGUUCCAAAGGAACAAAUCAAGCCUGGCUGCUUCUUGUUUCAUUCGCGAACUUACGAAUGGAGUUGAGAUUCGAUUACCUUCCAGUUGUAACGCCCCUUGAAAACGAAGAUCCGAUUUCUUUUUCGAGCCGUGUUCGAGUUAUUUUCAGUGAACACACCGGGCUGAAAUCAUCAAAUAUUUCAUUCGAAAACACUCUCAUUCACUUUGAGCUGAAGAGGCUUGGACUGCCAUUUGAGUCGAUGGACGUUGAUUUGAAAAAACUGAUGAAGUGUUUAGACUACAAGGUUGAAGACAUUCAUCUUCGAUUGCAAGAAUUCGCCAAACUUCGUGAUCCAGAAGAAAAUAUUAUAACUAUAGGCUCUGCGAUCUGA